AUGCCUCAGGAAAUCGCAGAUAUCAAGAAGUUCAUCGAGAUCUGCCGGCGAGAGGAUGCCAAGUCCGCCCGGAUCAAGAAGAACAAGAAGUCGUCGCAGACCAAGUUCAAGGUCCGAUGCUCGAAGCACCUUUACACCCUCAUCCUAAAGGACUCCGACAAGGCCGAGAAGCUAAAGCAGAGCUUGCCCCCGAAUCUACAGAUCAAGGAAGUUCCUAAGAAGAACAAGAAGGGCAAGCACACAGCAUAA